CUUACACUUGCUGAUUGACACGGUUGUCCUGUUUUUGCACUUCAUUCUACAGAAACAUACAAGCAGUGGUUGAAAUGCGCUGGUGCUCGCGUGUACAGUACAUAAAACUGGCACCUCUCAUAUUUUUUACUACUUGAGUACCGUCACUUUUUAUAGAAUACUGGCUCUAAAAUAGGAACCAACCCUGGUGGGGUAGAAUCACAAUGUAAAUGGAGAAGCACAAGUGUCAAGAAGAAAAACAGGACAUCUGCACGGUUUCAAACCGGAUUUGCAUUAAAAGGCAAACAACGACAUCCCAUCACUUUCCUCUAAAACAAUCCAUUACUGACAAUUAAUGUCAAGCAGCACAUCAGUGCAGCAUUAUGCUGCCUUGCUGGAAGAAACACUGCUAAUGGAAAGAAAGCCUUUUAAGAUUCAAUACAUUAAAUCCAUAUAAAUGCACCAGAAUGCCUUCAAAAGUCUCAUGCUUGUACGUGUUGACAGUCGUUUGCUGGGCAAGUGCUCUUUGGUAUUUGGGUAUAUCCCGGCCGACAUCCUCCUAUGUCAGUGGGCAGAUGUCUUUGCCGAUCCGGAAGACUGUGAAAACCCUGAAGAACACCACGUUCAGCAACAUCCGGACGCGAACACUGAACCCACACGCCUUCGACUUUGUCAUCAACGAGCCUAAGAAAUGUGAGACCAACACGCCCUUCCUGGUCAUCCUGAUCAGCACCACACACAAAGAGUUCGAUGCCCGUCAGGCCAUCCGGGAGACCUGGGGCGAUGAGAGCACCUACAGCGACAUCCGCAUCAUCACCCUCUUCCUGCUGGGCCGUAACACGGACGCCGUCCUCAACCAGAUGGUGGAGCAGGAGAGCCAGAUCUUCCACGACAUUGUGGUGGAGGACUUCAUAGACUCGUACCACAACCUCACCCUCAAGACCCUGAUGGGCAUGCGCUGGGUGGCCACCUUCUGUUCCCAGGCCCAGUACGUCAUGAAGACAGACAGCGACAUUUUCGUCAACAUGGACAAUCUGGUCUACAAGCUUCUGAAGCCCACCACCAAGCCCAAGAGGAGGUACUUCACGGGCUACGUCAUCAACGGAGGUCCCAUCAGAGACAUGCGCAGUAAGUGGUACAUGCCCAGAGACCUGUACCCCGAGGCUAAGUAUCCACCCUUCUGCUCGGGCACGGGGUACGUGUUCUCAGUGGACGUGGCUGAGCUAAUCUAUAAGACCUCACUGCACACCAGACUGCUCCACCUGGAGGAUGUGUACGUGGGACUGUGUCUGAGGAAGCUGGGCAUCCAUCCCUAUCAGAACAGUGGCUUCAAUCACUGGAAAAUGGCCUACAGCCUGUGUAGGUACCGUCGUGUUAUCACUGUCCACCAGAUUUCACCGGAAGAAAUGCACCGGAUCUGGAACGACAUGUCAAGCAAGAAACACCUCAGAUGCUAGCACCUGAGGACAACUUGGACCCUUCUUCUGUUUUUUUUUUAUCUCUCAACCUGGUGUUCUAACAAAGUUUGUUUUCAUUUUCUGACAACAUUAGUUCUCUAUAGGCUACUAGUAUACUUCUACUGAAUCCAAUGUAGCUGUUGGGUGCAUGAGGCUUGUAAAGUGCAUGUUCUCAUUCAAACACACACUAAGAUAGUGUUGUUACUAGUCAUUUUGUAAUCUCUGGUCAAGAGCUAUAGACUUCAACAACUCAUUUUGAUGAACAUUUACUCUGUAAAGUGAAACCAGAGAGGUAUUAUUGAAAGAAAAAAUGAUGUAUAUGUCAGUGUAAGUGUCUAUCUAGUUUCUGUCAAGUUCUCAUGCUGUUUUGGGGAUGGUACUUCCUUACAGCGGGACAAAGCCUCACCCACACCAUGCCUCAUCCCUCCUACCAGGCUUAUGGAUGGUCAACAGUUGUAGGCUACACCAUAGUACAUACACAUUUAAAUAGCAAAUAAUGCUGCAACAAUGACAACAACAACAUCUAUAUUCUGCAAACGUAGACCAAGUGCGAAUGUUAAUUGUUAUUUUCUAUUGUUGCCAUUUAAUAAGAAAUGAAUACAUCUCUGCUGGAUGUACUUUAACAAUAUUGGUAGUGAUGUUCACUAUUACCCAGUGUUCAAAAGUACAUGUGUGGGUCAAACAGGUGUUAUAAAUGUGAUUUUUCCUGGAUAUCUUUGUUUACAUAUUGGUGUAAAUGUAACUGCCUCUUCAGCUGGAAAGAGACAGGAUAAUGCUUUUUACAUUUAGGUGUAAUUUAUCAUUUUUACUCAAAUUAUUUUCUUACAGUGUACUUUUAAGUAUUUAAUGAUGUCAUGCUACAUGCUUCUGAUAAAACUGGUUACUAUUACUGUACUCUACGUAGAGCGGAUCCACUACCAAGUAUCGACAGACAUUACAUAUCAUCUUGUGCAAGUGACAAUUUACAUAGUAACUUUUAUCUAAAUUCCCAAGUGAAUCUAUUAUAAUGUGUAUUUGGCAUAGCUUUACUGAAUCACUGCUAUUGAAAUAAUGGGAAAUAAUUCAAUUUUCUGCAACUUAGAUAGCUGCUAUGGCCCAAAUGUCAUUUUCAAGUGUUUAUAAUUUUUUUUUUAAGUAUUUAGUAUUAGAAGAUAUUGUGACAUUUGACUGUGAAAGUAUAAAGAUAUAUCCUGAAGGAGGUUGUUGUGAUAUAAAGUAUGUUUUUUACAUAAAAAAAUAUUCAUACUUGAAAAGUAAUGAAACCUAUUCAAUGCCUUGUAUACUUGGUGACCCUUAAGAGAAAGGGGGAUACCUACUCAAUUGCACAAUUGAAUACAUUCAACUGAAAUGUGUCUUCUGCAUUUAACCCUACCACUCUGAAUCAGAGAGGUGGGUUAAUCGACGCCAUCGGCGCCCAGUUGUUGUUGGGGGUUAACUGCCUUGCAAAAGGGUAGAACAGCAGAUUUUCUCCACCUAGCCAGCUUGAGGGUUCAAACCAGCAACCUUUUGGUUACUGGCCCAAUGCUCUUAACCACUAGGCUACCUGCCACAUUCAUGUUGAUUACAUUUGUUUAGGGGUUAGAUUUGUUGAAUUACUGCUACUUGUAUGGAUUUUCAUGUUCAUCAAAUUUUAUAUUCAUCAACAAACUCAAGUACCAUCCACAAAAUGACAUCUAGUAGAAAAUAUUUUCAUAGUUCCAUGUAAAAGAGGGCAUUUGUAACAUCUACGUCAGUGGAUCUAGCCAGUUCAAUUCACCUUAGGUAUCUUCCAAACAUCAACAUGCCAAAUACUGUAACUUGUAUGUAAUAAAAGGAGACACAAUUUGGCUGAAAGGACACCUCACUGCCUUUUCCAUACAGACUUGGGAGAAUUGACCUUCACAAGGUUGCCUAACCUGUUCUAAUUCACAUUAGCACAUUGUAAUGUUAACAUUUUACAGUUUAGUAAUUUAGCAGACACUCUUAUAAAGAGCGACUUACAAGAGCAAUUUUGAUUAAGCGCCAGAUUGUUCACCUAGUUGGCUCGGGGUACUUGACCCAACACUCUUAAAACCGCUAGGCUACCUGCGACCCAUGUUUUGUAUUAUGACACUCCGCUUGGUACAGAAUUACUUCAGUUAGGUAACGUUUAUGAAAUCAAUACCAAAUCAACUCAACUUUAGUUUUAAUAAUAGCAAUUUAUUUGUUGCUCCUCUGCAGGAAUUUUUUUAUCAGCUGAUUACAGAAAGGGAACAAAGAUAAUAUGCGUAAAUGGUACAACUACUGUACAUAGAAAACACAAUAACUUACCUCUUAAAAUAAAGUAUUAAGAAAAGGUUAAUAUUUAUUUACCACUUCAAUGCUUUAGAAAAUAAUUUAGAGCUACUGUACUUGUUUGGACAAACGAAUGGCUCAUCAACCUUUCAAUAGUUUCCUUUGGGUUUCGUUUGCAGAUGCAUUGUUAUACAGUACAUUUCAGAGAGUAAUAUGUAGGAAAAAACAUCUUGUAGUGCAGUAAAACAGAGCAAGAAACUGAAUUUUUCAAGAUUUUAUCAAUUCAUUUGGCUUCGGGAAAACACAUUAACUGAAGCAUGUUACAGGAUUAAGGUUUGAGUUAAGGUUCAAAUCACCAUUAUGUAAUGACAAAGAAUACAGGUUAAAUUCUCAUUACAAUUCAUAACACAAGUCUCCCAGGGCUAAGCAUUGUUUUGUCAGGUGCAUAUACUCUGCCCCAAAAGUGCAUUGUAGCUUGUCCUUAACUAUUGACUUGAGAAAAUACUACCAUUGACUUGUAUCACUGCUGGAAUAUAGGCAUGUAUGUUUGUGAAAUGGUCCAAACAAACCAACAUAAACAAGUUCUACUGUUCGCGGUCUCACUCAAUACCUACGUUCUUAGGCACAGAUCAAUGAACAAGGCACCUCUAGCAUUUUUAAGCAUCAACACUGUCUUAUGAAGAAGCAGCACAUUUUACACGUCAGCAGGCUUCCGUCACUUUCACCGAAAAUGGGUCCCAUAAAUGUAUUGGUUUACUAUCAUCUAUACACAGUACAGUUAAUUCCUUUUAAAACAUUCAUUAUGUUUAUCACGAAAAUGUGCUUUUUUCCCCCCAUCAAUAAAAUAAAUCGUACAUUCUGAACAGGGACUACAAUACAGACCUCUGAGGAACAUUCCUUUAUCUCAAAUGAGUGGUCUGAAAUGGAAGUUGAAGAAUAUAUUUUUCACUGUGAAAACACAACAGUGAGAAACAAAUAAAAGGCAUUCUCAAUGUAAUAAAUAAUACUAAGAGCUUCGCUGAAAGCAGAGGUAACAUGAUAAAAA